CCUUUUUUGAUGGACCGAUCGAUUCAUGAUGAUGCACUGGUUUCGGAAGAACCAAACAAGUGUGCCUUCUAGUCGUUUUCUUUYCUAACGGUACGUACCUCACAGGAGUCGUUCCGGACCCAAAACUUGUGUUGUACGUACUGUACGACACUUUGUUCUACCAAWAGCUAACUUCGUCUAGACUCGAUACCCAUCACUUUCUGUUUUCUUCUCAACACCUGUAGGAAAAACGAGUUGAUAAGUUUUGAAAGCGAUAGUAACCAUGAAAUUCUCUCACGCAACAACUCUCUUGGCCAUCGCUAGCGUCAGCACCGYCUCGGCCUUUUCGACGAGAUCGGCAUCCGUCACUCGAUCAACGAAGGCGAGUGUCAAGACGCCCCAAUAUGCCGUUUCAGUYGAUUUGCCCGAUUCCACAAACACAGCUGUCCCAGAAGUAAAGAAAGUCCCUGAAGCGACGGAGGAACCUUUUGAUAUGACCGGUGUUGCAUUGAGUGGGCUCGAGGGAAAGGCAUUACAAUGGAAGGAAUCGGAUUUCCCAAAAGCUAAGGAUCUACGAGCUGUUAUUCCAAAGGAUUGCUUCGAACCAGAGACMAAGACUUCCAUGAAAUACCUGAGUGUCUCAGUCAUUGGCACUACCCUUUGUUCUUUGUUUGGUGCCAGAAUGCUCAAUGUGUUCAAUCCCGSGAGCGUGGCAAAUCUUCCUUUUUGGGCUGCUUAUUCGACUGUGACCGGAACCGUCGCUAUGGGGUUGUGGGUUCUCGCACACGAAUGUGGCCAUGGAGCUUUUUCCAAGAACAAAAAAAUUCAAGACACUGUUGGAUACAUCUUGCAUUCACUUUUUYUGGUUCCUUACUACAGCUGGCAACGAUCGCACGCUGUUCACCAUCAAUACACCAACCACAUGGAAUUGGGAGAGACGCAUGUGCCCGAAACCGCCUCUGGCCACUCGCUCGGCCUGCGGAAUAGCUUGGUUGCAAAAGUAGGAAAGAGUGCAGGGAUUAAARUUUGGGGAUCCUUACAGGCCUUUUUGCAUCUGAUCAUCGGAUGGCCUGCCUACCUCCUGAUCGGUGCCACCGGUGGACCCGACCGCGGAAUGACGAACCACUACUGGCCCAAUCCAUUGACCACACCGAAGCAGCCUAGACGAGAACUUUUCCCAGGGAACUGGAAAGCAAAGGUUAUGAAAUCAGACAUUGGAGUAGUGGCCGUGGGUGCUGCAGUUGGAGCUUUGGGAUGGUUCAAGGGGCUACCUUUGAUGAUGGCCAUGUACGGUGGACCUCUUAUUGUUGUCAAUGCAUGGUUGGUCUUGUACACAUGGUGCGUAUUUUGUGUUAUCAACYAAGUUGGAUGUUAUCGAAUUCUUGAUAUUCAGAGAAUGGUUCUCGACUUAUGAUUUGUCCACUCUGCUAACCUUUUUGUGUCGUGCACGUUGAUUUUAUGUCGAACGUAAUAAUGAUUUUGUCGGGACAGGCUCCAACACACGGAUGUUGAUGUUCCACACUUUUCCUCUGACAAGCAUUCWUUCGUCAAGGGUGCGCUUCACACAAUUGAUCGUCCCUACGAUAAACUUGAUCCAUUUGGAUUCAUCGACUUCUUGCACCACAAAAUUGGUACAACUCACGUUGCACACCACUUCGACUCGUCAAUCCCUCACUACAAAGCCCAAGUUGCUACCGAUGCCAUCAAAAAGGCUUAUCCUAAGAUGCAUUUGUAUGAUCCAACUCCAAUCCCUAAAGCCUUGUGGAGAAUUGCAAAGGGUUGYACUGCUGUUGAAAAGCGAGGCGACAAAUGGAUUUGGAAAAACAGCGGCCUUGAGCCACUGCUGUAAAAGAAAUAAGCGUAGAUUCUUUCCCAAUCAAAUCACCUUUUUGAUAUGAAAUAGAAAAGCUAGAUCAAUGUAAUAACGCACCAAUACAGAA